GCUGUGAAGGAGGCGGGGCUUCAGUGACGUACCAGGAAGAGAUCCCCACGCGUGUAGUUCUGUUUUACGGUGGGCUGAUCAUGUCAUCAGCAGCAGAGGACCAGCUGUGUCUGAACAUCUGCAGCAGUUUCUCCCCCUCGUCAUUCCCCCGGUCAAAACCUCUGACUACUCAGCAGAGAUGGGCCAGAAAGAAGCACAACGCAGAGAAGAGAAGGAUUAACUCGCCAGAGGAGGAGGAGGAGGAGAAGAAGAGAGGCUCCUACAAACAGAGGAGACUAGACAAGAUGGCAAAGGAAGAACAGGAGGAGGAGGAGGUGCAGCCUGAAGAUUCUCCUCCUGCAGACUUUCAGUCUCCACCCACUGUGCAGACAGACAGAAGGACACCACAGAAGAAGAAGGAUGGAGUGAGGGAAACAGGAAGGAGCAUUAUCAAGACUUCUUCUCUGUUUAAACACAACCCAGAGAUCCCAGAGUUCCAAAGACAAGUUGUCUCCCAGUUAAAAGAGAAGAUUUUCACCAGUGACUCAUUUUCAGACCUUGACCUCCACCCACACCUGGUGGCGACAUUGAACAAAGUCCUGAAUGUUUCCACAGUGACCAGUGUUCAGAAACGUACUAUCCCAGUUCUGCUGUCGGGACGGGACGCUGUCGUUCAAUCCCAGACGGGUUCAGGUAAGACUCUGUCCUACGCCGUUCCCGUGGUUCAGAAUCUGCAGGGGCUCCAGCAGAAGGUCAGCAGGUCCGACGGUCCUCUGGCUGUCAUCAUCGUCCCAACAAGAGAGCUCGCCCAGCAGACGUUUCAGACCUUCCAGAAGCUUCUAAAGCCGUUUACCUGGAUCGUUCCAGGAGUCUUGAUGGGAGGAGAGAAGAGGAAAUCGGAGAAGGCCAGGCUUCGUAAAGGAAUAAACAUCCUGGUGUCAACUCCUGGACGUCUUGUGGAUCACAUCAAAAACACCCUGAGCAUCGCCUUCAGUGCAGUUCGCUGGCUGAUCCUGGACGAGGCCGACCGGACUUUGGACCUGGGUUUUGAGAAGGAUCUGACCGUCAUAUUGAACAGUCUAAACUCUACAGGACCAAGCAGACAGAACGUCCUGCUGUCUGCUACAUUAACACAUGGUGUAACUCGGUUAGUAGACGUUUGUCUUCAGGACCCAGUCAACAUCCAUAUAUCUGGCCCCGCCUCCUCUGACCUCACCACCACCACCACCAGCUCUUCAUUGACCUCUGACCGCAACCCAGCCAGCCAAUCAGAGAGCUUUGCUUUGCCAGAGGCUUUGAAGCAAUAUGUGGUAGUGGUUCCCAGCAAGAUCAGACUGGUCUGUUUGGCUGCUUUCAUACUGGACAAAUGCAAGUUUUCUCAGAACAACAAACUUAUCGUCUUCUUCUCGAGCUGCGAGGCCGUCGAAUUCUUGCACUCCCUCUUCACCUCCGUCCUCUCUGGGCCCUCCACCAAUCAGAAGCCUCAGUUCAAGUUCCUGCGUCUCCAUGGCAACAUGAAACAGGAGGAGCGCUCCGAGGUCUUCCAGCAGUUUUCCGUGUCUAAUUCUGGAGUCCUGCUGUGUACGGAUGUUGCAGCCAGAGGCCUGGACCUUCCACAGGUCACCUGGAUCAUUCAGUACACUCCUCCGACAGCAGCAGCAGAGUACGUUCAUCGUGUCGGUCGGACGGCCCGUAUCGGGGGAGGAGGUAGCAGCCUCCUCUUCCUCACUCCUGCUGAGACCGCCUUCCUCACCGAACUGGCCAAUCACCACAUCAGCCUAUCAGAGCUGAAGCUGCUGGACAUCCUGUCCUGUCUGAUGAUGGAUGACACCUACAAGGGGCGGGGCAAAUACUACAGCAAGAGUUCGUCUAAAGCCCUGGAGCAGGAGACCAGAGAGAGAGCAACGGUCCUGCAGACAGAGUUUGAGAAUUUUGUUCACUCAGACGCUCAGUCAGUGCAGAACGCCAAGAAAGCGCUGCAGUCCUUCCUACGGGCGUACACCACCUACCCUGCCCACCUCAAACAUAUCUUCCACAUCCGCUCCCUCCAUCUGGGACACACCGCCAAGAGCUUUGGCCUCAGAGACGCUCCACAGGGCCUAAACGCUGCCCUGGGCUCAGGGGCCAAGACCCACAACAAGAACAAGAACCAGAAGAAGAGGACCAGCAACCAGACGGCAGGAGGAAAGAGGUUCUCCUGCGGUCAGAGGGAGGUCAGCCUGCUUUGCUCCGAGUUCUCUAGUGGGUUGGAGGGAGCAGACGCCAAGACCAAGAAGAAAAAGAAGACCACGACGUUUGGUCAGUCAGGAGAGGAAGAGGAGGCGGAGUAAUGAGGAGGUGCAGCAGCUGGAGUGCCUUUGAGCAAAGGUGACGACCUGCAAACAGCUGACUGACUCGCUGUUACAGGCACACAUCAGACUUUAUUGGAUAAUAAAUCUGAAAAAAAGAGUGCAGACGCCGACCUGAAAUCCAGGAGUAGUCUGACUGUGUUCAGACAGAUGGAUGACAUUUAGGUUGCACACAAAGUCAACGCAAAGACGCGAUUAGACUCAAAUUGAUUUGAAGACGCGUAUUUGUGAGUUGUAAAUGUUGAAAUUUGAGCGGAACAUUGAAGGUUAUGCUGAAGUCUUCAUG